CUUUUUGCUUUUUUUUUUUUUUUACUUUUGUUUUAUAUUUGAAUAGUAUAUAAUGGACAUCAAAUCUAUGUUUUCCGUACAAGAUAAAAUUGUACUUGUUACUGGAGGGUCCCGUGGUAUUGGUGAAAUGAUUGCCACAGGUUUUGUUCAAGGUGGAGCCAAAGUAUAUAUUAGUAGUCGUUCAGCAAAUGUUUGUAAUGAGGUUGCUGCCAAAUUAACUGCUCUAGGUCCUGGUCAAUGUAUCGCCAUACCUGCCGAUUUGCAAAGCGUUGAUGAUAUUAAAAAGCUUGUGAAUGAAUUAAGCAAACAUGAAAAUCAUCUGGAUAUUCUUGUUAAUAAUGCAGGUGCUACUUGGGGUGCUCCACUUGAUACUUAUCCUGAUGCUGCUUUUCAAAAGGUUAUGAAUCUUAAUGUUACUCGUAUUUUUACUUUGACACAAGCAUGCCUUCCCCUUUUGAGAGCAAAGGCUAACAAGGAUUCUCCUUCUAGAGUUAUUAAUAUUGGUUCAAUUAAUGGUGAAUCGCCUCCUGGUUUAGAAACUUAUGCAUAUUCUGCUUCCAAAGCAGCUAUUCACCAUUUGACACGUCAUUUAGCCGGUAGAUUAGGAAAAGAACAUAUUUUAGUGAAUGCUAUUGCACCUGGUUCAUUUCCUUCAAAGAUGAUGGCUGCUACUUUAAAAGAACGUGGAGAACAAAUUGUGAGCGCAGUUCCAGUUGGACGUAUAGGUACACCUGAAGAUGUUGCUGGUACUUGUAUCUAUCUUGCUUCCCGCGCUGGUCAAUAUACAGUCGGUGCUGUAAUUGUUGUAGAUGGUGGUGCUCUUGUAUCUUCUUCUCACUUGUAAAUUAUAUAUUUUACAAUAGAGUAUUGGAAACAUCCAUAUGAAUAAAAAUCAAAUGAUUUUCAAUAUAUUCAAAGCUUAUCUGUUUGAUACUUUAGAAACACGCUUAUGAUAUAUACUGAAUUUAUGUAUGC